UGACAAAACGGCAAAAGGGGAGAGCUUCUGCGAACGAGGAGGAAGAAGGUGGAGCUUUCGUCUCUUCCGAGAGGAGUCAUGUUGAGCAGGGCUGCGGUGGUUGAGAAGAUGAAGGUUGAAGGUGUUGGUGGCAGAAGGGACCAAGAAACCGAAGAUUUGGGUGUGGAAGCUCAGAUCUGCAGUAGGGAGUCAUCAAAGCCAUCUUCUCCCAGUAAGGAGGAUCCAAAUAGUAGCAGUCAGGAGGACCAUAUGGAAUCCACUAUGGUGAAGAUAGGUGGGGUUGGAGCAGAAAGCGAGGGACUGAAAGAAUUCCUUGCCCGAAGCGUGACAAACUCCCACCCCACUCAAAUGCACUACUUCGGAAUCGGCAAGAAGGAAGAAGUGAAGGAGCCUCUCGAUUCUGACGCUGAAGAAUCUGAACUUGUUUCUCUGAGUCUUGGAACGAGGGAAAGCAGGCUCGGAAGAGAAGAGAAGGCAAAGAACACAUGCAGUGACUGCUGCAGGCAUGAUAAACUCGAGGAAGGUCUCUCUCUCGGGUUAGAGCGCAAAAUGGAAGCUCCUAUUAGCAGACAAUCAGGCAAACCUCUACCAGAUCUCGAUGCAGAUCAUGACAGCUCUGAGGAGCCAAAGAACGAAGGAUCCGGGGAGCCAUGGCCGCCCAGCAGAAGAACACAGAUGCCCCGAAAUGAAGACGAGGAAGUGUCACCCCAACACACUCUCAAGAGAGCUAGGGUUUCAGUAAGAGCAAGAUGUGAUGCCCCGACAAUGAGUGAUGGAUGCCAUUGGAGGAAAUACGGGCAGAAGGUAGCCAAAGGAAAUCCAUGUCCACGAGCAUACUAUCGGUGCACUGUCGCACCAGGUUGCCCUGUGAGGAAGCAGGUGCAAAGAUGUGUUGAGGACUUGUCCAUACUGAUCAGCACCUACGAAGGAACACACAACCACCCAUUGCCCAUCUCUGCCACAGCCAUGGCUUCAACCACGUCGGCGGCUGCAGGCAUGCUCAUGUCCGGUUCCACCUCCUCCACCUCCAUUACUUCCGACAUCCAUGGAGGAAGCAUUGGCACGUCAAAUAAUUCGAUGCCGUGGCAGUUCUGCUCUCCCAGUCCAUCUUUCUACUCCUCGACUUCCCACCCUACGAUCACAUUGGAUCUCACUGCAUCAUCAUCAACACCCCAACUCAGGUUCCCAUCAAACUUCCCCUCGAUCUCACGGUACUCAUCAGGCCUCAGCUUCUCCACCUCCGAGUCCAGCAAGCUACCAACAUCCUGGAGCAAUAUACACCAAAGCUAUGGAGUUCAGCCUUACGGCAAGAGCAACACAGCGUCGCUAUUCCUCGGAAGGCAACCUCAAGACACCUUUAACCUCUCCUAUCUACCCAAGAUGAGUAGCUCAGCUCCAUCCAUUCCGAGCCAACGUUCACUGACAGACAUGAUUGCUGGGGCGAUUACAUCCCACCCGAGCUUCCAAUCUGCAUUAGCAGCUGCCGUAACAUCGUACAUCGGCGGAGCUCGUGGAGCUCAAGGUGCCAGAGAAGGUUCGAUCUACGAUCCGCAACGCCAAGAACAAUUAGCCUCACCUCCAACGCAUGCAGCUGCCGCCAUCUCAAAUGGUUGCACAGCAAGCUCCUUGACGAUAUUGAACUCUUCGAAUGCAAACCAGACACAGUGAAACCGAUCUUUAGCCGAAGAUUUCUAUUUGUGUUUUAUAUACGAAGCAAUUAUACAGCAUGUAUUGACAUUUUGUAGAGAGAAAUCUUAGAGAAAGCUACUCUUCCUCA